GUCCUCAUCGAAAUCCUAUCGUCCGGGCGCAGCCACCACCACCGAAGCAGCAGCACACGGGAGGAGUCAAUCGAGGCGGGGAGAUGGCGCGCGGCGUGGCGGCGGCGGCGGCGAAGGGCGGCAAGAAGAAGGGCUCGGUCGCGUUCGUGAUCGACUGCGCCAAGCCCGUGGAGGACAAGAUCAUGGAGAUCGCGUCGCUCGAGAAGUUCCUGCAGGAGCGCAUCAAGGUCGCGGGCGGCAAGGCCGGCAACCUCGGCGAGGGAGUCACCGUCUCCCGCGACAAGAGCAAGGUCACCGUCACCUCCGACGGGCCCUUCUCCAAGAGGUACUUGAAGUACUUGACCAAGAAGUACCUGAAGAAGCACAACGUACGUGACUGGCUUCGGGUUAUCGCAGCCAACAAGGAUCGCAGUGUGUAUGAGCUCCGGUACUUCAACAUUGCUGAGAACGAGGGCGAGGAGGAGGAUUAGAUGCGCACUGCCUUAUUUGUCUUGUGAACUUUUGAACGACUUAUAGAAGUUAUGCAGUAGUCUUUUGAAGAGAUAAGUUUUGAUGUUUGUACUGAUGUUUUUAAAGCGUUGUGAACUUCGAUGUGAUGCUUAGAUGAUAAAGUCGAAAAAUUGUGCUCCAAA